CUUCCUAGAAGCGACACCAGUGUACAGUCAGCAGCAGUCCGGCUAGAUUUGCUGCUAGCUACAGUGGAUCAGCUGUUAUUUCACGGCAUGUUCGUAUAGAUGACCGUUUCUUCUGCUCGUAAGCUCAGAUAAAGAUGUGCCGCUGAAGAAUGCGAUAAAUAAGAAAGUUAGACAUACAUGACAGAAUAAAUAUCCUUAAUCGUACUAUUUUACGUGCCAACCACCUGAGUUGGAGCCAGUGAAGCAUCGAAGAUUCUGAAGUAACUUCAGUGAGUCUGAAGUAAUGAAGUAACUUCAAAUACGCCAGCAGUGAGUUUCGGAGACUCUCUUGUCAUCAAGGUUGCCGCCAUGGAGAAGCCAUGGAGAUUAUGGGCGGCACUUGAGGCGUGUUUGCUGACCGUGUGCGCGUGGUCAUGGGGAAUCUGCCGCGUCUCCCUGCUAGCCCUCAUUCUGACCUUCCACCUGUACGGAGGCUUCAUACUGCUGGGACUCAUCCUGGUCUCUGUGGCCGCCAUCCUGUACAAGUUCCAGGACGUGCUGCUCUACUUCCCCGACCAGCCCUCGUCCUCGCGUCUUUAUGUUCCCAUGCCGACGGGAAUCCCACACGAGAACGUGUUUGUCCGCACCAAAGAUGGUGUACGGCUCAAUCUCAUCCUGCUCCGUUACACGGGCGAAAACCCUGCCACCGCUCCCACCAUUUUAUAUUUCCACGGCAAUGCGGGGAAUAUCGGCCAUCGUGUACCGAACGCAUUGCUCAUGCUGGUGAACCUGAAGGCCAAUGUGGUUCUGUUGGACUACAGAGGCUAUGGAAAGAGCGAAGGAGAACCUUGCGAAGAGGGACUGUACAAGGACGCGGAGGCUACCUUGGAUUACAUCAUGACCCGGUCGGACAUCGACAAGACCAAGGUGGUGCUGUUCGGCCGCUCGUUGGGAGGUGCGGUGGCCAUCCGCCUGGCGUCGGGAAACCCGCAUCGAGUGGCCGCCAUCAUGGUGGAGAACACUUUCCUGAGCAUCCCGCACAUGGCGGCCACCCUGUUCUCUUUCUUCCCCAUGCGUUACUUGCCGCUUUGGUGCUACAAGAACAAGUUUCUGUCCUAUAGACACGUGGCUCUUUGCCGUAUGCCAUCUCUCUUUAUCUCGGGCUUAUCAGACCAACUCAUCCCACCAGUGAUGAUGAAACAGCUGUACGAGCUGUCCCCAUCUCGGACUAAACGCCUCGGCAUCUUUCCAGAGGGUACGCACAACGACACCUGGCAGUGCCAGGGUUAUUUUGCCGCCCUAGAGCAGUUUAUGAAGGAGCUACUUAAAAGCCACGCAAGUGAAGAGACGGCCCAGGGGUCAUCCAACGUCACCAUAAUCUAGAACAGUCACUACUGUUGACUGCUCUAUAAAUCUGGACCCGCUCAAAAAGAAUGUGUACAAUUCUCCCCAACUUCCUAAGCUCUUUCUUUCCAUUGAUAUACAAUUUCAUUUAUUCAGUAGUGAAGGCUACAUUUCUUUAAAGCCCUUAAAAUAUAUUUUGUCAGUUUUUAUAUUAAGUUUAAAUGCAUCUGUCUCAAAUAAUUGAAUGCCCUCUUAGUCUUUGUUGUUUGUCAUUUUCAAGCAAUUUUCACUUAUAAAGGGCUAGUUCACUUAAUUACUCACCCUCAUGGCGUUCCAAACCCGUAAGACAUUCUUUCAGCUUCGGAACUCGAAUGAAGAUCUUUUUAAUGAAAUCUGAGAGCUUUCGGUCCCUCCAUUGACAGUCUAUGCAAGCAACUACCACUUUCAAGCCCCAGAAAGGUAAUAAAGACGUCAUUAAAGGAAUCCAUGUGACUCCAGUGAUUUAACCUCAAUUUUACGAAGUGACGCGAGUGCUUUGGUUGCGAAAAAUAAAUAAAUUACCAUUUAAAUAUUAAUCUCCGGCACACGUUUACGUAUCUUCUACUCUCGCGUCAACACAACCCGUAUUUUGGUGCUCUUGUGAAUGUGCUUUGGAGAGAUUAAUAUUUUGUAAAUAAAGUGGGUCCUAAAAUUGAGUUUAAGCCACUAGAGUCGCAUGGAUUACUUUAAUGAUGUCUUUACUACCUUUCUAGGGCUUAAAAAUGUUGUUGCAUAGGCUAUGAAUUGUGAGACAGAAAGCACUCAGAUUUCAUUCAAAAAAUCUUCAUUUGUGUUUUAAAGAUUAACAAAAGUCUUGCAGGUUUGGAAUAAAAUAAGGGUGAGUAAUUCAAGACAGAAUAUUUUUUUUAGGUGAACUAACCCUUAAAAAUUAUACAAUAAGCUCAGCCACUUGCUCAUGCAAUUUGAAAAUAUUUAUUUCUUAUCAAGGAUAGCGGUUUUAAAUGCAGGAGUAAAAUAAUGUCUGUGGUUAACAUUGCUUGAAGAAAAUGUUCACAUUUGUUUUACCAUUUAAAAUAUACAUGUACAAAUCAUAAGUUGGUUACAAAAUGCAAAAACACUUUUUGUGUGCGUGUACUUUACAACGCUUUAAAAGUCACGUUUUUAGUUAUGACUGUAUGUAAUUUAUUUUAAUCAGUGACCUUAUUUUACGCCUAAAUGAUCAACCGCUAUCCCAUAAUGUCCUAGAUUUUAGGAUUAAUAAACUGAAUAACCCUAACAAAUUACUAAACAAUCUGAAUAACUCUCUCUAUUGAUUUUUUAAAUGUAAUACACAUCUUUUUUUGGAACAAAACAGAGUGCUCAUUGAAAUAUUUUUUUUGCCUUUUAAAUUCCAGUGAAAACAGUGAAAUGGACCAGGGGCAACUGAUCCUAGUUCACUCAUCUUUGUCUAUGGCAUUUCAUGCAUUCAGUCUUCUGUGCCGGCCGUGAUGUGUCGAAGCUUUAUUGUAUCCCACUGCCUUCGUUUUUUUUACGGGAGGUUUAAAAUCCACUCAGGAAAUCGGCUCAUUGUGGUUUAAUCCCAUGUUUUGGAUUUGCAUAUGGAGCUGUGUGUGAGAAGUAUAGAUUUCGAUACUGAUUUUCAUGUGGGCUGCAGUACACUGUGAGCACUGUAUGAAAAUACCAACACAACAACCCUAAAAUAUGUUUACUCUCUCUCAGGCUUAGAGUGAUCUUCUGGAAGUAAGAGAGAAAUCGCACAUAACAGCUGCUUGACAGAGUUCCAAGCACAGUCCAUUUGCACAACUUGUAAAUAAGACGUUUCCCUUUUUUAAUCAGGUUGGGUGCUUAGUAUCAUUUCUCUGCCCAUGACUUGCUUUGUCCUGUUGAAAAACCUGUCCAUUGGCGACUGUUGCCCUGUAGUCACACAUCCAUUUCCUAUCACUCUUUGCAGUUCCCUUAAAAAUCAGAAACAUUCACACAAAAAAGAGAAAAUUGUCAUUAUUUACAUUAUUCCAUACCUGUAUGACUUUUUUUCUGAAGAGUCGCUCUUUUCAAUGCAGUUACAUGUAGAAGCCUAAAGCUUCAAAAGCACUCAAGAAAUGAGGUAUCCUGAAAGUAGUCCAUAUUAAUUAUAAAUGAAUCAUUUAGAAUGUGAACAGCUACAGCUGAUGAUUCAAUGAAGAACAAAAUUCAGGCUCCAGACGACUUGAAAUAAGAGCGCCAGUCAUCUUGAAAGCUAUUGUUAUUGCAUAAACUAGAGCGACCAUCACAUUCUUCGAAAUGUCCCUUUUCAUGUCCCACAGAAGAAAGUCCAAUGGGUUUGAUAGAAUAAAUGAUGCCAAUUUUUCAAUUAACUAUUUAGCGUAUUGAAUCGGGGGUAAAGACAUUGAGGUUUGUCCUUUUAUGUAGCCUCACGUUGGUGGUUGACUAUCGAGCGCUCAAGAAAAGGUGGACUUUGCAAACUUUGCCCAUUAUGUAGUGUUGGGUCUGUGCACAUUUAAGUCUGUUAUUAUUGCAUGCCUUAGUCAUUUGCUGAUGCACUUUACACUCACAUCUGUUGUAAUGCGUGAAAAGUGCCUGUGAAUGUUAGAAUUACAGAUUUCAAGGCAGAGUGAUCCUAUGCCAGUUUGCAUGCAACUAUUGAUAUCUUCAAACCAAGAGGGUAUGUCAUGCUUCCAAAGUCCACCUUUUGGGAUUCGGCGGAUUUUUUUUUCGAGCUGGGUGUUUAAAGAGAUUGUAUAGUAGCACAGUUGAGCUCUAGAUGUCUUCAGUUAUGUCUAGCGUUAUUUAUGGUCAUUAGUUAUGUAGAGAUGGGACGGUUGUAAGAGAGUCAGAAGUGAAACCAGACAAUGCAAGAGAAAAAGUUCCCAAGACACUGGGAUUUUGGUGGUUUCAAUACAUAAGAUACUUUUGUAUAUCAGUUUAUUGACCUUUUUUUAAUUUUAAAAUAAAUAUUUGCAAUGGUCCUUAUUGAUCGUAUAGGCCUAAUUCAUAAGAACUGCCUCUAAACAUUAUGAGGAAAUAUUUCCAAAUUCAUGUAUCAUUUGCAAUGUGUCAUUUAGUUGAACUCACAGUGAUGUGCCAUGAUACCUUAUUGAAUGUCUGUGUGGUUGAGUGUAAACCUUGGAACAAAGAUGCUGACAAAUGAUAAAAUGAUGAAAAUACUACUUUAGAGUUUACUAGAUUUGACUAAUACUCCUUUGGCAUGUUCUUUUGGGCUAGUUUGUGUGUUGAAAUCUCAUUUCAUCUUGCCCAUAAUCUAAAUAUAUUAUAUAAUAUAAAGCGCUGCUCAUGUUUUGUAUUUGCUUUUUACAGUAAAUAGCUGAGUGGAAAGAUUUGGUUCUGAAUGUGCAAGGAGGGUUUUCUUAUUCUUUCAACAUUUGUGUUUUGAGCUAUGGAUUUUCUAUUCGAAUCAUGUGUUCAUGUACAUACAAUUGAAUCACACUUUCUAUUUUCUGUCUGGUGACAUGCAAUAAACUAAUCAAACCCUUCUGAUAA